AUGGUUUCCAGUGACAUAAUUUUUCAAAUCCUUUUUAUAUCUCAAAUGUGUAUUGGUUUCAUGGGGAAUUCAUUGUUUUUUAUAUCAUGUAUGUACACUUUCUUAAUUCAUCCCCACAAGAAGAAACCCAUACAUGUGAUUCUUGCCCACUUAACUCUGGCUAAUGCUGUGACACUCGUACUGAGAGGGUUUCCAAAUAUUAUGUCAUCCUUUGGAAUUAAGCAUGGGAUAGAUGACAUUGGGUGUAAAACAGUGCUCUACAUUCAGAGAGUUACCCGAAGUAUUUCUGUGAAUGCAACUUCCCUCCAGAGUAUGUUUCAGGCAGUGACUAUUACUCCAAGUAAUUAUAAGAGGGCCUGGCUCAAAAGUAAAGUAUCUGUAUACAUUCUUCCCUCUCUGCUUUUCUUCUGGAUCAUCAACAUGAUCAUCUAUGUUGAGAUCAUCUUAAGAACUGUGGCUACUAUCAACUCCUCUGAUGUCAGACAUGGGUAUUACAGUCCGUAUUGUAAAAGUAUUGCAUUUGAGAACUAUCGAGCAGCACCAUUUCUAAGUGUGGUAUUACUUCAAGAUUUGCUCUUUCUCUCACUAAUGACAUUCAGUAGUGUCUACAUGGUGAAUAUCCUUUACAAACACCACAAAACAGUCCAGCAUGUUCGCAGUAAAAUUCAGUCUUCACGAUACUUUCCUGAACACAGAGCUACCCACACCAUUCUCAUCCUGGUUAGCUGCUUUGUUUUCUUCUAUUUGAUCAACACCUUUCUUACUCCUUAUUUAAGUUUUGCAAGUGAGAAAAAUUUGGACCUGGAUAAAUUUGGUGACUUUAUUUCAUCAUGUUACCCAACAAUAUGUCCUUUCUUGCUGAUUAAAAAUGAAAACAUAAUUUCCAGGCUGACUUUUAUCAGAACAAGUAUCAGAAUUUUCCAUUCCAUGAAGAAGUCAGACAACAACAUACUUGAGCACGUGAUGACGGUUGGGGUCAGCAAGCAGCAGAUCUGGAGCAGGUCUUCUGUGAGGCAGCUCUGUGACACUGAUGUGGCCACUGUCAGCACCGUGAUCAGGCCUGAUGGAGAGAAGAAGGUAUAUUGA